AUGGGCAAACAGAACAAAGACGACAUCCCCAACCCAAGUAGAGUCGGCAAUCGUGAUAUCAUCCAACGUCUCAACUUCCUUUACCAAGCCAGUGUUCUCCUCAAUGCCGUGACAGCUGAUCUUUCGGAGGUUCCGUUUAGCCCUUGCGAGACUAACGACACGCACAACCCACCAAAGAAAUGGCAAAAGAGGGUCGUGUCUACUGCGGAGCUAUCUAGGAGCUACAUAGACACGAUGAAAGUCGUUGGGCAGAAAACGAAUGUCAAGAUCGAUCCAACAGUCAAACGCGUUAUAUGUAAGGGAUGUCAUAUCGUGUUGAUGCCCGGCGCCUCCUCGACUGUGCGGGUGAAGAAUUCCGCGUCGCACAGGCACCUUAUCAUCCACACUUGUAAGUCGUGUAGAACAUCACGACGAAUACCUGCGCCUCCAGUUUUGGAUGCGAAUGAACUUCAACCGGAAUCCACCACGACGGACCCACUAGCUCCCGGAGCUAUUACUGAAAUUACUUCAAUUCCACGGUCAGCACAGCGUAGACAGAAGAGGCCACGUGCGCUCCGUCUGCCGCCCCAUUUUGAUCGAGACCUCGGUCAUGUUGUUUUCCGAGGAAAUGAGAGGUUGCCCGAUGCCACUCCGUGA